GCCUUCCGUCGGCGGGUGCCGCCGCCAUCGCCAUGAGCAAGAUUUCCAAGUUCUUCAAGGGGGGCGGCUCGGCCGCCUCCAAGGGCCGCGGGGGGCCCUCGCCUCAGGAGGCGCUGGCCCGGCUGCGGGAGACGGAGGAGCUGCUGAGCAAGAAGCAGGAGUACCUGGAGAUGCGGAUCCAGCGGGAGCUGGCGGCCGCCCGGCAGCACGGCACCAGGAACAAGCGAGCUGCCUUGCAAGCGCUGAAGAGGAAAAAGAGGUACGAGAAACAGUUGAGUCAAAUUGAUGGGACGCUUUCGACCAUUGAGUUCCAGCGAGAGGCGUUGGAAAACUCCCACACCAACACAGAAGUGCUCAAGAAUAUGGGAUACGCUGCACAAGCUAUGAAAAAAGUGCAUGAAAAUAUGGACUUGAACAAAAUCGAUGAUUUGAUGCAAGAUAUCACUGAACAGCAAGAUGUUGCCCAGGAGAUUUCAGACGCUAUUUCAAACCGAGCCGGCUUUGGUGAGGAGUUUGACGAGGAUGAGCUGAUGGCAGAAUUAGAAGAACUGGAGCAAGAAGAAUUGAACAAGGGAAUGAGAGACAUCAGACUGCCAAGUGUUCCAUCCACCUCGCUGCCUGCUCGCCCUGCAUCGGUGAGGAAGAGAGCGGAGGAUGAAGAUGAGAUGAAGCAGCUGGCUGCCUGGGCUUCCUGAGAGCACGGUCUUUUUGUAACACUGAACCUUAGAGCUCUAAUGCUGUUUUAUAACCCUACUGAUUUCCUGUGAUUGCACCUCAUCCAGGCGGGUUUUUUUGCUUUUGUUUUAUGGCUAAUCUUGGUAAGAAUAGUGUAACUGCCAUAUUGCAAAACUAGUUUAAAAACAAACAAACAAAAAAAUGGAAUAGAUACCAAAACCUCCAAGCAUCAAAGUUGUUUUUUUUUUUUUAUUUUUCAGCCUUGGCCAGAGAUUUGUUUUGUUAUUAGUAGCAGUUUUUAUUAGGUAAUGUCUUAUUGUGUCUUGCUGGUUUGUAAAACCCUUGUGCCUCACUUAUGCACACGGCUGGGUUUAUUGUUGAAAUGAAGAAGUUCCCUAAGUCAUCAAAGCCCUGUCCUAGGGGGUUAUUUGGUUCAGGCUAUUUGAAUAUUAGCAAAACAGCUUUUUACAUGUCCUGACUUGCAAGUUCCUUGGAGCCCAAGAGCUAAUAGCAGUUCAUUUGGGCAUGGAGAUUUAGACAGUCUGUCUGGAGCAACUUCUGGUGUCCUAGAUGUUAAGAGGAGACUCUUCUGUAGGUUUUUUGAAGUGGGAUAGGUUUUUUUGGCUUGUUUUAAACUUCGGCCAGAAUAUCCCUUGCACAUCUGUAGCUCAACUUGAAUUGUAGUUUGAACCAUUUCCUACUCAGUUAAAGAACAGUUUUACAGUGAUUGGGGAAAAUGAAAUGUCCAAGAUGUUAUAGAUCCCAGCCAAACAAAACUGAUUUCUGCUCACCCUGUCAAAAAUCCAGAGGGAUUUGACCUUCCCGUGUUCUUCUCCACCACGUCUUUCUAGGGUGAGUCUUUACUUUGCAUCAUAAUACCCAUACUCAAAAGAGUUAGUAACACAUUUUUCUAAUUCUACGAUCUCUAAAUAAUUUUAGUUUCUGAGCACUGGGUCCUUUUCUCUUAUUCAGUUUCUGAAGAGAAAUAAAACCAGCAUGUUGUAUUUGAAAUGCCUUUCUAAGCCUGGUUAAAAGAUGAUUCUGAAUUACUUGUAAAGUUCGAUGUGUUAUUGUCCAACUGAUGCCUCUUUGGCUUAAGGAACAAAUGCCACUCUGGGUGCUAAACUACUACACAUAGAGAUACGCUGUUCAAAUACAACCCCAAAAUUGAAUAGGCUGCUUUGUACUAACAUGUUUUUAUUAAAUAAGAUGUAAGCUCUCUGCUAGUAGCCUGCUGUCCAUCACAAGGAAAUAGCAAAACACUGGAGUAACUAGGGAUAUGGGAAGCAGAGUCAUGUUGAUCUAGGUUUCUCAUUUUCAAAUGGAUUUAAGUUUACGGAUGAUUGAACCACUAGGGGAAUAGCAGGAGACUUGAAUUCCAUAGAUCUCUAGCAACAGAAGACUGAUGCCUUCUCCUGUGGACUUCAGCCCGUGAUGUGCUGGGUGUUUGGCUUUGAUGGGCUACAAUAGGCUUCGGCUUCUUGGAUUUUAGGUUAAGCAUAAGUUAAUGUGUGUUUCUGGAGACAGCCUGCUCAGAGAGUUUCAAGUUGGGUUCCGUGGAUGACACCCCAAAUUUACAAACCCUGUGGAGAGAUUCAGUUUUUUCAGGACUUUUUCAUUCUCUGUAGUGAAGCUGCUUUUGGUUUGCAUCCAUACGAAAGGAGAAUCAAGCCUUGCCACUUGGCUUCAGAUAAAGCUCCUACAGGAAAAAAUUGUGUUAAUUCUGUCUCAAAGUUUGGAGGUACCAGAAAAAUUGUCCCUUUCUGUUGGGAGCAGAGAAAACCUGGAACUAUUCAAUUUGUGUUUUAAAAUCCCCCCCAAAUUAAAGAACUGCCUUAAAUUUGAAAAUACAUUCUGAACUCUCAGCAGGAAAACAAACGCUAAAAAUCUGUUACUGGGUUUUAAGGCUUGCUGAAAUUCAGGAUGAGGUGCCAGCUGAAAGCAGGUGUAUUUAGUAAAAUGACAAAUAUUCUGAGUUAGUUGGAAUCCAUUUGCUAAUCCAUUUGGCCGGAAUCCUGUUUGCAAGGUCUGCAGUUCCACGCAAGUCUCUGAAUUGGGUAGGGAAGGUCUUAGUGUACACUGAUGGCAUCACCAUGCGAGGCUGGCCACGUGCUGGAGGACUCAUCUGGUGCUUCUAAAUGAAAGACCAUGUCACCAUAGUCCCGUGCUUGGCUUGGAACAGGUGCCUUCUAGUAUCUCUUCUUGGGUGAAUGAGUAGUUUUCCAAUACUUGGCGCUUACGCAGCACUUGGCAUAUCCAAAGUGUUCUACAACCUCACUCAAGUUGGUCUCUAAGCCUCCAGGUUGAAACUAAAGCGAUUUUCAGUCUGUUUUGGAAGAUGUGGACUUAGUAUUUCUGUGCAAGAACUUUGCCUGUGAACACCCUGCGGGGAAGAAGAAAUCCUAAGGAAGGUUUUUUUCCUUUGCAAGCUCGUGUCCGACUGCUGACCUCCAGCAAUGGUUUUGGCCAAGUGUUGAUCAUGGAAAUCUUCAGGUGUCUUCAACGUGUUGGCUUCAGACUAGGUACUUCAGGAACAAAAUUCCUGAAGGGUGGAGAAGCAGCUGUGGUUGGUUGGGUGAGCUUCUGGAAAAGCUUGCGUGUAGUGGCCGAUGGCUCUGGAGGAGAGAGUCCCAUAGCAGUUCACAGGCUAGGACAUGGGUGCUUGGUGAAGCUCUACGUAGAGGUACGAUAGACCAAAGUACAGUAUGGACCUCCAGACCUGGAGUGCUUGUUGCCGGGUUUGUUUGGAGGACAGCAGAUGACUGGUUUUCUUCAAAAGCAAAGGUGUUCCAGGGCUUUAAUUUGGUGAGGAGGUGGCUUUUUCCUGUGUAAAUUCGGAUGACAUAGGGACAAAGGGCUCUUCUGUACUUUAUUUUUUUUUUGACCAUAUGUCUCUCUUCAGGCCAAGAUGGUAUUUGUUUAGUAUGUGAGCAGACAGGAGUGAAUAGUGUCAGCGUGUUAUUGUGAAUUUACUCUCGAUUAACUGGAACACAUUUCCCAAGAGGGCUGGGGAAGCAGGUGGGGUGACUUCCUUUCUUGUUUCUUAUGUAUUUUGCAAACAUUCUCUUCUCUUAACAGCCUUAGACAUUUUUAAUCUGGAUAGCUUUAAAAGGGGGAAAAUCUAUUUAUAAAAAGUGAAAAGAAUGGCUAUGUGCAUGUGCUGUAAAUAAAUAUUUCGGUGUCAUAUUUGUCCUAUAUAAUUGUAUUAAAUUUAUUUUCCUAACAGGCAAAACUGUUAAGUGCUCUCUUUACACUGUCAUUAGGAUUCAGUGCUAUUUAGAGGAUAUAAAUAAAGAUAUUUUGAAACA